GAGGCAAAGUGCAAAUUGUGGGUUGACACAACGGAUUUUAAAGCCUUAGUGAUGCAAAAGUGGAAUGAAGUGGUAUAUGCGGAAACAGCUACACAAUUUGAGGAGGAAUGGAGCGACAUGUGUGAUAUGUGUAAGGAUCAUCCAAGGUUCACAUCGUACAUUUAUGACACUUGGUUGGUUCACAAGGAGAAAUUUGUGAAGGCAUGGACAAACAGAGUGAAGCAUUUUGGAACGACAACAAGUAACAGGGCUGAAAGUGCACAUGCAAGCUUGAAGAAGAUGCUUAGGAACGGCAAGGGUAACCUGUGCGAUUCAUGGGAAGCAAUUGAUAGGUUGACCAUUGUACGCCACAAUGCAAUACAAGCAUCGUUUGAGCGCAGUAUUAACAUUGUAGAGCACCGUUUCAAGUCUCCAAUGUAUAAGAAUAUGAGAGGAUUCGUUGCUAAACAUGCACUUCACCUAAUGUAUGAUGAACAAAACAGAUUUUGGGGUCAUGGUGAGAAAUGCGGUUGCGUGAUGAAAGUCACUCAUGGACUACCUUGCGCUUGUGCACUUCAGAGUAUGGCCUCAAUUCCGUAUGCAGCAGUUGAUCCAUUCUGAAAGAUACUUUCUUGGGAACAAGUGCCUGUUGUGGAGAGUCAAACCUCAAACAGUGGAUGCAUGCCGCUAGAGAUUGAGGCUUUGUGGGCUCAUUUCAAUACCUUGGAUGAUGCGGGCCAAAGUAUGCUGAGAAGGAAGCUUAAAGAGCUUUAUUGUCCUCAAAUCAGUUCAUUGUGUCCUCCUGAAGUGAAGAUAAAGCACAAUCAAUCGUCCAAGGAGAGGAAAACCAAACCUCCCAGAGGUCAAUCAAUAGG